AUGGAUAUCUCGCGGCUGCUGGACGCUCCGUCGGCGUGCAAGAAACGCCGGAAGUCCAGACUCUCAGCGCAGGACAAGACUCAACGCGAAGCCGACAACUCCGAGAUCCUCAACCUCACCUUGGACGUGAACAGUUUGCGGCAGCAGAUGCACGACUGUCUUGUUCAGAAGAGCCUGUGGGAGACACGGCUGCUCAUAGCUCGAGAGCAGUUCCACGCGCGAUCGCUGCGGUCUGUGGGGCACUUCUUCCAUCUCUUCCAGUCCGGCUACCCCAAGGUGCUUACGGUGAGCGAAAAGCGCUUUCUUGCUGCAUUGCUGGACGAGAGCAUAUCUGUCGGCGGUGGCGUGAGGGGUCAAGUGCAGUUCCUCGAGCAGUGGCGUCGGUACAAGAAGCUGUUCGGCGUGCGCCGGCUCAGCACGCAUUCCAUGCAAGUUGUGUCUACCGACUCGGCUGGCUGCUUGAUCGAGUGCAUUGGGGCGUUCGAAGGCUGCGUCACUGUCGCGGCUCUCCAAUCUGUGUUUCCUUACGCGCUCGAAGACAAAGCUCUGGUUGAUCUGGUCCAGCAUCGCCGCUUUGUGUGUCCGACAAAGACCCUCGUCACUCUGGAUGCGAGCGGCCGGGUAGUGCAGUUCGACGCGAACUCGGACGUGUUUAAGGCCAUGAGUCAAGUGCUAGAUUUCGAUCUACAUCGUCUCGCAAUGCUCAUGAAGAAUGCUGUGAUCAGUGAAGGCAGUUUGCUGCCUCCCAAUUCAUCCAGGAACUCGAUCGAGUUUCUCUUGUCUUGA